AGAGGAACAAAUAUGAUCUGUUUAUUUCUCACAUGUUGGCAGUAUUUUAGUAGAAUUAUGAAGUCCAUCUGUUUAUAUCUUGAUUGGAGAGGAAUAAAUAAGGUUUUUUCAUUUCUCACAUGUCAGCAGUAUUUUAGUAGAAUUAUGAAGUCCAUGUGUUUAUAUCUUGAUUGGAGAGGAACAAAUAAGGUUUUUUCAUUUCUCACAUGUCAGCAGUAUUUUAGUAGAAUUAUGAAGUCCAUCUGUUUGUAUCUUGAUUUGAGAGGAACAAAUAAGAGAUGUUCACUUUAAGGAAAUGCUGGACUUGUUGGCAAUGUUGAAGAAAGGCCAUUGUGAUGGAGUCAAGAUACGCACUGGAAGACUGCAGAAUCUGAUUUCUUCAUCAUGUAUAGAACAUUUGGAUUUCCUCCACUUGCUUCCAUCUGAUCUUCUUCCAAAGUUUGAAGCAUUUCAGCAACUUGAGCAUACAUCUGUUGGUUACCAGAGUUUGACAGAUAUACCCACAGCUGUUGUAUACAGUGAGCCCACAUAUAAUUUUGAUGAGUUCCGAAACCGACCAACCUGGGAUAUUGUGGAAACUUUACAUCAAACCACAACUUUACAUGGUCAGAGCCAACUUCUUGGAAUCUUGUGGUACAGAGAAGGUCCACAGUUUUGGGUGGAUGGAACUUCUGUGAAAGAUAGACUUGACAAACUGACAAGACAAGCAGGAGGACUUCGACACUGGUCUGUGGUCCGUUACUGUUCCAGUGUCUUUGGAAAGCUUGUAGACAGUAUCAGCCCAUACAUCACUUCAAUUCUUGUUCAAGGAAAACAGAUUACUGUUGGUGUGUUUGGUCAUGAAGAAGUUGUUAUUGAUCAUCCAUUGACCCCCAAAGAGGUAAGAGAGAUUGUUUAUUCUCAGUGUCAGCACCAUGACAUAUACCAGGCUGUCUUGCAACAAGAAAUCAUUCUCUACAUAGGCAGACUAAUCACAACCACUCCACAUCUCUUUCAUGGAAUUCUUAAGAUACGAAUUGGGUGGGUUAUACAAGCUAUGAUACUUCAUAUGAGAUUCUUAAAUGAAAAUCCUCCUCGUCUUGAAAGUCUUGCUCCCAGCGAAAUAAGAAAAGUUUUGUACAAAGUUCUGUCUCUUUCAGAACAUGGCAGCAGAAUGUCAGCUCAUCAGAGACGCCAGAUAGAGGGUGCUCUUUGUAGAGUUCCAAAGAAUUUUUAUGAUAGAGUGUGGGAUAUUAUGACUCGAACACCAGGUGGGAUAGUUGUAGCAGGACACCAUCUUCCACAGCAACCAACUCUAUCAGACAUGACAGUUUAUGAACUGAACUUCUCACUUCAAGUGGAGUUGCUGCUUAGUAGGAUAACCCGCCCCGAAUACCAGCAGAUAAUGGUUGAGCUGAUAAUGGUAGUUUAUUUGAUACUGGAACGGAAUCCAGAGCUGUCCUUUAAAGAUACUGUAAAUCUGGACAAGUUGGUUCAUGAAGCAUUUAAUUUGUUUAAACGAGAUAAUGGUGAUGUUUCAUUGGAGCUGAGUGAUGACAUGACUCCAUUCUACAAUGCUCCAUCUACAGUAACUACCAGCUACUUGGCCCGUGCUGUACUGAAUGUGUUGCUGAAGCAUGGACCUCAAAGUAUUAAUGCUGAAGACUUGUGCAGGAUAUCCUAAUCAUUAUUGACAACCUAUAGCAUUCAGCAAGGUUCUGUUGAUGUUUGACUCUCUGUAUGUUAGGAAGCUUUCUUAUGUGAACUGAUCAUUAGACAGCUGUAGUUUAGACAGCUGUUUUUAGUUACUUUCAAGAAUAACAUUAUAUAAAUACAGUUUUCACAGUAGUGAAGAGUCUUUUUAUAGAAAGCUAAAAUCUUUUAAUGAAAUAAUAUACUGCUCAAAUUCAUUUUUUGUAAUUACAAUAUAGUAAGUUGUUCAACUUAUAAUUUGGCAACACCUUUAAGCCAAAAUAAAUACUCUGCAGAAAUACAAAAAAAUACCAUCAUAGUUCAUAAGCUAAAAAGAAUUUUUUUUUUCAGAUUCAGGAUCUUUGAUUUUAAUAAAUAAGUAUAUAAGUAAUAGAAUAAGUAUGUUAAUUAGUUAACUGUAAAUAUAUAUAUAUAAAUA